GUUGUAAAAGCGUCCAUAGCACCCACAGAGAUGUUGGCAACGAGAAGCCAUUAAUGUAACGUAAAGCCAACUAGAUCAAAUUUACUGGUGAGAGGGGCAUUUGGCUUUGAUUUAAAUGUUAGUAAUCGUAUUAAGGAUGUGAAAAUGACCUCAAACAAUCCGUCGGCUUUCCUUCUCAUGGUUAAUGGCCAAAUCGAAGGAGCUAAUUUCCCAGAAUAUGAUGACAUGUACUGCAAGUAUUGUUUUGUGUAUGGACACGACUGGGCGCCCACAUCAGGAUUAGAAGAGGGAAUUUCUCAGAUAACAUCAAAGGGAAACGGAUCACAGAAUCUGGUGUGGAAUUUCCCAAUAGACAUCACAUUCAAAAGCACCAAUCCAUUCGGUUGGCCCCAAAUUGUAGUUAGUGUGUUCGGCCCAGAUACAUUUGGAAAUGACGUUGUCCGAGGAUAUGGAGCUGUGCAUAUCCCCUUUACGCCUGGAAAACACACGAAGACUAUUCCAAUGUUUGUGCCCGAGUCCACAUCAAGACUGCAGAAGUUCACAAGCUGGCUGAUGGGGAGGCGUCCUGAGUUCACAGAUCCCAAAGUUGUUGCCCAGGGAGAGGGAAGAGAAGUUACAAGGGUGCGUUCACAAGGUUUCGUGAAACUACAGUUCAACGUUGUUACUAAGGAUAUGAAGAAGCUGGGUUAUGACACAACUUCCACAUAACAUGCACCUGCUGGACUCUCGCAAUAUCAGAUAUGAUUAGACUGUUGCCAUAGCAGAAUGUGAUGUGUAAACUGACAGCAUCAAAAGACAGAUAAAAAGUCAUUGAUACAAUUUAUUUUUACCAUUGCAGCUACAUGUCCUUUUAUCACUUGCUGCUGUUUAGAUGGCAAUAAACAUCACACUCUUCAA